CUCCCCUAUUUUCCGGUCUUCACUAGUUACCACAGCCACAAAGUCAUCACCCCGCUAAUUUCCACGUUUUAUCUUCUUAAAAUGUGAUUUUAAACCUAACCCUUACCUUAACUACACUGUUAAUUUUAUGCCUAACCCAAUCUUAAUUGAAGACAAAACAGUUAAUAUUUGAUUUCAUAAAUGUUUACGAAAAAGCCACAUUGACUGUGUAACUGUUGUAACUAAUGGAAAAUAUUAUUUCCUACGUACGCCAUUCGCCCUGCUGGAGUGGCGCCUAUAUUUUUUUGGUGUUACACGUGUUCCGUCAACAUCGCUGGAUUUCUAUAGUUGAAUUAACUUGACUUGACAAAUAUCGUGUCGGAACGGAAAUGUCACAUUUUAAAGUGGGGGCAAUGAGAGCGGAGACGUAGUUUACCGUGAACUAUCUAACGUCAGUAGAACAUGCCCAGACUGGACAUACCAGGCCUAUAGGUUGCGAUUCUUUCAGGCAUGGAUUACAUUUUCCCACGGAAACUUUUCCCGGUUUAUUUCAACUCUGGGCCCCCCAGUUCUACGUUUAGACAUAACGUCGGAGGUUGGGGUUCCUAUGGUCAAGUGUUGGACGUAAACGUCCCUCUACACGAGAAAGACAGUCUACCAAAAGUAGAUUGGAAGUUUGAAUCUCAACACCAAGUGAAGGGAGAGCCUUGGGUGCCAGUGGAACCUAUAGCAAUACCACUUCUGCGACCAAAAAGAGGCCCCAAAUGGUCAUCAACAUCUCUGUCAGAUCCUAUGGACUUCUCAGAGCAUAUGCAGAACUUCUACCAGUAUAAGUACAAGGAUGCUUUUUGCACAAUGAGCCAUAUCCUGGGGGACAAAUUCAACUUUGGACAGGGGAGGAGAAAGGGAAGUGAAAGAAAUGCUGUUCACAUGUGGCAGAUGGAGCACUUCAUGCACACAUUUAAAUACAAAAAGUGCGAGUUAACUCAUUUUGGACGGCAGGCCAAAAGGUACCACAACCUGUUAUCAGAUGUGAUCCAUGACAUCCCUCCAGCACUGCUAGCUGAUCAUCUCCAUGAGGAGCUGACCUAUCAGAGAGGGCAGGAGCAGUUCUCUGACCACGCCACAGGGGGUGCCUUGGGGUACAUUUCCUUUACCAACACCAGUAUCUCUCAGCAAGGCUGUCUGGUGUACCCUGGGAAAGCUGGCCUAAGCAAGCUUAACUUCCACAGGGUGGUGCUAGAGUUCCAAGAAGGGAAGCCUCCAUGUUUUGAUGUGAGCCACAAGCCUCUCUCAUUCCAGCUCAAUGGUACAAUCAGACAGAUCACCAUCGGCCUUCAGCAGGAUGAAUGUCACGUGGGGGUGCGCUGUGACCACCUGUGUGGUGUCUGGAUGGUCAGUGAGAAGAACAUCGCUAAGUCUCUGGAGGUCAUUCAGACCAAGCAGCCUGCUACAUGUCUCAGUGCCAGUCCCCAUGUCCAGGGAGAGCUUCUGGUGGCCAGUGAGAGUGGAGCUGCCUAUCUAUGGACAGUGGGCAAAGGUUUGCAGAAGUUCCGUCAGGAGUACAGUAACCUGUACUUCAAUUCUAAGUCGUCAUGGAGAUGGUGUGACUUCUCUGGCCACCCCAGGGUGAUGGUGUAUGCAGACCGGACAGGUGUGGAGCUCACUGAUAUCAGGACCAAAGAUAGUUGUAGCCACACGCUGUUUCGUAUCGGCCAAACACCUGACUGUAAGAGUGGAGAGAGAGUCAUCCUGUCCAAUUACCUGAGAGAUGUCCACACCUUCCACCACCUCGUCACCACACAGCACUCUGCUUACGUCAUGGAUGAGCGUUUCCCCUGCCUCCCCAUGAUCCAGUGGGAUCACAUGAUGGAGCAUCCUCCCAUGUUUUCCCAGGUCGUGGCGGGGUUGCCGUCGGGGGGCGGGACUACCAAGGUGCUGCUGGGCUCUCAGAGAUCACAGGAAGUGAUCCUGCUACAGUACUCGGGUGGUAGGGAGGAGGCCUGCGUCACCAGAGGCCCACCUCGGGCCUUGCUCAGCCCCAGAGACAGCCUUGGACACCUGCCUGUCCAACUCCCCCACAGACAGCACCAUGCUCAGGACAGACUAGCCAAUCCUGCUGCUGGUCUUACUGUUAUCCAUCAGAGCCGAGCCAAGGAGGACUGUAUCUGUGUGCUGCAACUCACUGAGGCCGGAGACAUCUUUUACCACACGCUAAAGUCCCAGACUGAGUGCUUCAGUAAAGACGACCCACCGGCACCAACCCAGAACUCCGUGGGACCCGAGGGCCGUAGCGGAGAUGUACAGAGACUAAAACAACCAGUUGAAACGUUAAGAAAACGGCUGCAUCAAACGUUAGGAACCCCAAGAAGCAGUACCUUAGAUGAGACAUGGUAUUCCUCUGGACCGCCGUCUCCUGAGGGUGACUCUGGGUUCGAGGGUAGGGGGCAGCCGUGGGACACUCCUAGGGCUGGACUGGAGAUGGUUAUCAACGACCCUCAUGACGACCCGUACCCGUGGCUAGCAACAAACACAGGAUUAACUGAUACUCAGGAAACCACUGCUGUAGUUCCUCUACCUACAGCCCAGUCUUUGGCCACUAACAUUAACCCCGUCAGGCCAAAGGCUAAAGUUAGUGAUGAGGCUCUGUUGAUUUGGAGGAAGUGGUUCCUCAAACUGUUCAAGUGCUCCUGGGAGCGCCGCAAUCUCCCACACAAGACCACAAAAACCAAGGAUCUUCUACCCGACGACAGCCUUCAGAGAGACCCGUUGGAAGAUCACCGUCGUCGGACCCUGAGGAAGGACCUGAGGGAGACCAUGAGGAAUGGAAAUGUCCUCGUCCACAGGAACACCUGUCUCAAACCCCUGGCUCUGGUCCCUGUCCCGGCACCCGUGGAGCCUUCUGAGUGGGCUGAUGUGCUGAGCGAGAGGAUGAGUGCAUCGUGGGAGCCUGGGCUGGGGGGAUGGAGGAGCUGGUGGGAGGAGAGGCUGGGGCUGAACCGAGAGGAGAAGGUGGAGGCUCUGCGGAGGAAGAGGAGGAGACAGAAACGGGCAAAGGCUCACAGUCGUAUCGACCUAUCAGGCAGCUUCACCUCGUCCGUCAGCUACCAGUCAGACCUGGACAGCGCUUCUCUCUCCGGUUGGUCGUCGGCAGCCAGUCAGUACGCCAGCUCCGAUGUAGACAGCGUGCCAACAAGCCGCGACAACACCAAGUGGGUCACCCUGUCUGAGCCGGGUACACCGAGGGCUACCACACCAACGCCACAGACCAGUAGCUCACAGCCCACAACACCUCGUAGGGAGUUUGGUUCAAAACCAACUACACCACUGGAUCAGCUUAGUUUCCUCUCCCAGCCCACUGUCCCCUAUUCACAGUUCAUUAGUAGUUCACUGCCCACUGUCCCCCAUACAAAGUUCACUAGUUCCGAGCCACUGUUUACACCCAAAAAACAGCCCACCAUUGGUAAGUCGUCGCCCUGGAAAACAGCAGGUUCUGACUCCAGCGCGGCGGACAUUUUGAGAACGGUGGUGGCAACCCAGAAGCCCAAGCCACAGAAUCAGGAUUAUUUAAAUUCUCUCUUUGGAUCCCAGGAGCCUACGGAUGCCUCACAGGGAGUAGGAUUUAACGAGAGCAGACACAAUACUCCUUUGGCCACCUCUUCUCAGCUGUCCUCCAUCUCUUCUUCACAGAGGAACCUGAAAGUGGGACUAACCUCCUCACAACCCAAAAGGAAGAAGUCUCGUAUGGGUUUCUGAUCUGAGUAUUGAUGGAUGUCGCCUCACAUCCAACAGUUAUUUUUCAAAUGAGAUGAUUAUGAUGGAUGGAACUAGGGCGAGGGAUCUUUUUGCAAAUGAGAUUUUCAACCUUUGGUUGUUUUUGUUGUUGGUUGAUUUCACGUGUUACGCGACAGGACUGUGAAUUGGCUAUUGAGAGAUUUCUGGAAUAUUCUAGAAACCAAAAGCAUGAAGUCACAGAUUUUUUUUUAUUUUUUUGGGGGGGUUGUUAAAAUAAAAUCUAUAUGCAUUAAUAUUGUUCUAGACCAGCAUCUUAUCUAUUAUCUGACUGAAGCUGGUUUGGUUGAGCGACUGUCUUUGGCUAUGUGACAGUACAGGAAGUGUGAAUUGGCUACCGACUUUUGAUUAUAAGACAUUUCUAGACCUAGAGCAUCACUCAGAAGUUGUCCAGUUAAUGCCUCCGGGUUGCUGUAUUGCAAGUCGUUGUGUUCAAACAGGCCACUACAGGCAUAAUCUGACUGAAGCAAAAACAUUUUGAAUAAGUCAUUAAGAUAGUCAAAAUCAAUAAGACCAGAGAUUCAGAUGUCCAAAAUAGUUUUUUUUUUGUGUUUUUUUUUUUGUUGUCAUACAACAUUGGCAAAAAAAUUACAAAUAAGUUAAUAUCUACAAAAGGUACUUAUUCACAGCCUUUUCUAUUUCCAUUAUACAAAAUGUACAUUAUGAGAAACUCCAUCCCAAACAUUUCUCCCACAGAGCUAGCUACAUACCAGCCAAAUAUAAGUUACCCUACAACCUAAAAAAAAAAAAGAUUUGGCAAAUUUAGAGGUUAACAAGACCA